AGACUGCGGCUUAGGAAACUUCCACUGGAGGACAGAUUUUAAAAUAUAUAUAUAGGUUAUGUUAUUAAUAUUGAUGAUUUGUGUUUUGAAAAUAUAGAAUUCCAACAAAACUCCUCAAUAUGGUGUUUUCUGUACACAAAAACUUCACAACAAAUGUUAAAUCACGACCACCGCUAAUCGUAUUUACCGUUUGCCUUUUAGGUAUCAUAAUAACAUCUGUUUGUCUGGCGUACUACGUACACAGUGGAGACAAGAUCGUAAAUGUGGACGCAAUUAACGACUGGAUUUCGUUACUGAAGUACAUGAACAAGCUCGAACUGUGCACUAGCGUCGGCGACAAGUCACAGUUUCAAAUGAAAAUGCAACGGGACGCCUCCUCCGUGCGCGUAGCCACGCCCGCCAAGCUGCUGAAGCUCCCACCCAAUUCGCCGCACCGCUUUCAAGGACUGAUACCCUUGGCCGAUUGGAGCAGCAAAUGUCUCGAGAGAACGGACGUUCCUUCGCACCUGAAGGUGGAAUUCUCCGUGCCGCAACAGAACGACACCGAAGAAAUUUGCGUGACGAUAACCGGGCCCGCCGAUUUCAUGCCCAAGCUCAGCGUGCAAGAUCCGUGUAAGUCACCGGAGCCGGUUGGUACACGAAAUAAAAAUAAAUGGGGACUUUUAAAGGCGAACACCAAGGACGUGCCCGUCGACACUUUUUGCGACGAGGAGCUGCUGUUACAGUUGCAGUACGACAUCGACUACAAUCAGAACUUGAAAUACGAGAUGUACCUGAGCGACGAGGAUCGCCUGAUGAUUAACUCGCAUUUGAUAGUCACGAGUUGUUUUCUAGUUUUUGUCGUCGUUUUAAUUACUUGUUACGCGCUUGUAAGGAAGACCAGCAGUAGUAUUAGUGAAUCAAAACAGCACUUAAUGUCGAAAGGGAUGUAUUUGUAAAUAAACGUUUAAGAAAGUC